CCUCCUCCGACUGUGGCUGGCCAUCCCUUCCUUCGCCUCCCGACUAUUUAGAUCCCUUCUCCCGGCCUCUUGCUGUUUCUCUAUUCUCCAUCAAUCCGGCUCACGUCUCUCUUUCGCACCAAGAUCCAUCUUUUCCACGCAUCUACGACCCAGUCAUCUCAGCUGCCAUGAUCUCAAGACCGGCCCUCUUCUCAACCGUCGCCCUGGCCCUGGCUUCCAUCGCCUCCGCCACCACCUGCGACCCGCUCACAUCCACCUCCUGCGAUCCCGACCCGGGUCUCGGCGGCAGCUUCCAGGCGGACUUCACCACGGGCGCUAACGACCGCAUCUCAGCCACCGCCGGCAGCGACCUCAUCUCUUACGACGGCACGACCGGACUGUGCAUGUCGAUAGAGGCCAGCGGCGACGCGCCCACUGUUGCCGCGGACUUUUACAUCUUCUACGGAUACAUGGAAGUCGUCGCCCAGGCCGCUCCUGGAACCGGCAUCGUCUCCUCCGCCAUUCUCAUCAGCGACGACGGCGACGAGCUCGACAUCGAGUGGGUCGGCAGCGAGGUCGACAGCGUGCAGAGUAACUACUUCUCCAAGGGCGACACUACCACCUACGACCGCGGCGAGUACCACACCGCCUCUGCCGCCGUCUCGACCUUCCACACCUACGCGCUCAAUUGGACUGAGGACUCGACCACCUGGUCCGUCGACGGCACCGUCGUGCGCACGCUCACCCCCGCCACCUCCGAGGGCUACCCGCAGACUCCUAUGCGUCCCAAGAUGGGUUCCUGGAUCGGUGGCUCGUCUGACAACGAGGAGGGCACUAUCAUCUGGGCCGGUGGAUUGGCUGAUUUGUCUAACGCUCCUUUCAACUUCUACGUCAAGAGCCUGUACGUCGUCGACUACUCAUCCGGAUCGGAGUACGUCUACACUGACCAGACCGGCGACUCGGACUCCAUCUCGAUCGUCAGCGGAUCGACCGCCGACUCUUCGACUUCGGCUGCUGCCUCUAGCGCGACCUCCACUGUCGAGACCACUACAUCAUCCUCUGCCACUACCUCCUCCUCUGCCACUACCUCCUCUUCUGCCACUACCUCCUCUUCUGCCACUACCUCCAGCUCAGUGACUUCCUCGUCCUCGUCCUCGUCGUCCACUUCGACUUCGUCCUCGUCUUCGUCCUCAUCUUCGUCCUCGUCCUCGGUUGUGCGCAGCACCUCGUCUAAGGCUCCCACCUCGUCGAAGGUCUCCACCUCCAGUUCUUCGACCUCGAUCAAGCCUAGCACUACCUCGUCCUCUUCGACCUCGAUCAAGCCUAGCUCUACCUCGUCCUCUUCGACUUCGGUCAAGCCUAGCUCUUCCUCUUCGUCGUCGUCGUCGUCGUCGUCGUUUGCUAGAUCCGCCACCAGCGCGGUCGGUGUUCCCGUUGUCUCCAGCUCCGCUACCAGCUCCAAGGCAUCCGCAUCCGAAUCUCUCUACAUCCCGCAGUCCACUCUGAUCGCCAACUCCACCACCAGCGCUACCCCCAUCUCCUCAUCGCAGGCCUCCACCUUCACAACCUUCACUUCCUCGGCAUCCGCAUCUACUGGCUACUCCAACUCCUCCAGCAGCUCCACCGUCUCCUCGAACUCGACCACCUCAGCCACCUCGACCUCCUCCUCCGGCAUCGCCUCGGUGACCACCAACGCCGCCGCCGGCGUGCGCGUCAACGUCGCCGUCGCCGGUUCCAUCGCCGGUCUCGUCGGAGCUUUGUUCUUGGGCCUGUAAAUGAUCUCUACGUGGAAAUUGUGAGUAUGCGUUUUAUUUUUCCUGUUUGCUGCCUCCGAGUUUGUUUUGUAUUAAUGGGUUUCUUCAUAAAUGGUUAAUGGCUAUCUGGGUGUUUUUUAUUCUGUGUGUUUUGCGCUGAGACAGUUUCUUUUGUUUGCUCAUAAAAUCUUUGCAUUUCUGUACAUAGUAUCAUACAAUUCACUGAUCAACUAUAAAA